ACUGCUGAACACUGAUUGGUCGACGGGCUCCAGUUCUCUAAUGCUAAAACACUAAACACCCACAUUGUAAUGUGCGGAAGAUUACAAGAUUGGGCUCGCUCAGUCCUUUAAAGGUGAAAUUGAGAAUAGAAAGGACUACAACUACGCCCGGCCUUUCCCAUCCGAAUAAAGGACGUUUGCAGCAGCUGAGUCGGGACGGACAUGGCGUCUGCCAGCCCCUGUAUCGUGAUCAGCGAUGAGGAGCAAGGUUAUGACCUGGACCUCUUCUGUAUACCGAAACAUUAUGUGGCGGGCCUGGAGCGGGUGUAUAUUCCACAUGGACUCAUCAUGGACCGAACUGAACGUCUGGCCAGAGAUAUCAUGAAGGACAUGGGAGGGCAUCAUAUCGUGGCUCUGUGUGUGCUCAAAGGGGGCUACAAGUUUUUUGCUGACCUGCUAGAUUACAUCAAAGCCCUUAAUCGCAACAGCGAUCGCUCCAUUCCCAUGACAGUGGACUUCAUCCGCCUUAAGAGUUACCAAAAUGACCAGUCUACAGGUGAAAUCAAAGUGAUUGGCGGAGACGACCUGUCCACACUCACAGGAAAGAACGUCUUGAUUGUUGAGGACAUCAUUGAUACUGGAAAGACAAUGAAGACCCUGCUAGAACUUCUCAAGCAAUAUAAUCCAAAAAUGGUCAAAGUGGCCAGUUUGCUGGUGAAGAGGACACCAAGAAGUGUUGGCUACAGACCAGACUUUGUAGGAUUUGAGGUUCCUGACAAAUUUGUGGUUGGAUAUGCACUUGACUACAAUGAGUACUUUCGGGAUUUAAAUCACAUCUGUAUCAUCAGUGAAACAGGAAAGGAGAAGUACAAAGCAUGAGAAGCCCUGAACUUCCCCCUCUAGCUGUGUAUCAUUUGUUUUUAUUAGAUGUUUUUUUUAUUUGAUAUUCAUUUUGUAUUUUUUCGGUUGCACAGCUCACCACUCAGGGUCUCUGGUGACUUGUGUGCCGUUAAUCAAUGCACCUUACAUUUACAUUAGCUUAUACCUCCACACACACACACACACACACACACAUUAGUAACCACAAACGCUUUGCAGUUCAGUCUCUGAGAACAGAGAUCUUAGUGUUACUUAGACUGCUGUUCUUCAUUACAGUGGGUGUUUUAAACAACCUUUAUUUUAAGAGCCAGAUUCCCUUUAAUUUAUUUUAACCUUUUUUUUUUUUUGCGUGUUUUAAGAUAGAUUAAACAAAAUAUUGAUUUUAGGUCAUCUUGCUUUGCUAUUCAAUAGUGAACAUCAAUAUGUGAAUUUGACUUGCUCACUUGGUAGCAAAAGAAGAGCAUUCUUGUUUCCCAAAGACUAUUUGCAACUGUAAUUUAAACCCUGAUUAAAAUCAGUGAGUAUAAUGAUUAUAUAAAAUAUGUCGAAUGCU